ACUUUCCUAACCGAAUUUCUCGCUUACUAUAAGCUUCCAGACACUCUUCGAAAGCGUAUCGAGUACAAGGCAAUACUCGAACUGGAAUGAUCUCCGUCACUCGUAGACACCAUGGAGGAUACCCGGAUAGGGAUGGAAUACUGCCAACCUGUAUCAGGACUUCUGGCUCAUAAAGUGAAUGUCGUUUAGCCAGAUAAGUUGAAACUUCAGCGACAGAUAUUGGCGUGGAAGAUGAAGAAAGCUGGAAAAGUCUGUUUUGAGACGCAGAGGUCAAGGCCAAAAAAGUAAAUAAAACAUGAUCGAAUACAACUAAGGCUUGAAUCACUUACAUCUCGGCAUGUUUCAACAAGUGUUGCCCUUCCUGAAUCAACAGAAAGCAAAUGAACUAUUAACCGAUAAGAAGACAGAUCCAUGGGUGCACCGUUGCAUCCCGUGACUAUCUUUAUCCGCUUAGAUUUGCAGAAAAUACUGAGAUCAUCAGCUAGAAAGGAAUGA